AUGGACGUGAAGCCUGGAAAUUGGCUUGUGACCAAUAAAUUCAUAGCGCCAGAUGGUCAAACUGAGCUGGAACUCAAGUUGAUUGAUGCUGGUGGGGCUGGAAGACUUGACAAAGAUUCUGUGACAUCCUUUACUGCCGAGUAUGCACACCCACUUCACAGGGGUGAAGGACUUACACAUUGGAUUGCAAGGUAUGCCCAGGCCUAUUUCGACUGGUAUGGCCUGCGCAUCUCAAUUUUCCAGCUUGCAAAUUCGGACUCUGAUAGAGUUUGGACACCUGAGCAGGUCCUUGAGAGGGCAUCAGAAACUCUGGCAAGUGACAAAGAGUUCGUUUUACAUGCAGUCGAACAAGAUGGUUUUGCCCUGCAAUUUGCGUGCAAGGAACUUCAAAGCGACAAGGAGGUUGUCAUGAAAGCAGUCAGACAGCAUGGCUAUGCGCUGCCAAUCAAACAGCGCCCCUCCUCUUUAGAAGUUGCCUCCAAGACACUCCGCAAUGACAAGGAGGUCGUCAUGGAGGCAGUCCGACAGGAUGGCUUGGCACUGGAAUAUGCCUCCGAGACACUCCAAAGUGACGAGGAGGUUGUCCUGGAGGCAGUCCGACAGGCUGGCUCUGCUCUGGGAUAUGCGGAUGGCUCUGCACUGGAACAUGCCGACAAGACGCUCCAAAUUGACAAGGAGGUCGUCAUGGAAGCAGUCCGACAGGAUGGCUCUGCACUGAAAUAUGCCUCCAAGACACUCCAAAGUGACAAGGAGGUCGUCAUGGAAGCAGUCCGACAGGAUGGCUCUGCACUGGAAUAUGCCUCCAAGACACUCCAAAGUGACAAGGAGGUCGUCAUGGAAGCAGUCCGACAGGAUGGCUCUGCACUGGAAUAUGCCUCCAAGACACUCCAAAGUGACAAGGAGGUCGUCAUGGAAGCAGUCCGACAGGAUGGCUCUGCACUGAAAUAUGCCUCCAAGACACUCCAAAGUGACAAGGAGGUCGUCAUGGAAGCAGUCCGACAGGAUGGCUCUGCACUGGAAUAUGCCUCCAAGACACUCCAAAGUGACAAGGAGGUCGUCAUGGAAGCAGUCCGACAGGAUGGCUCUGCACUGGAAUAUGCCUCCGAGACACUCCAAAGUGACAAGGAGGUCGUCAUGGAAGCAGUCCGACAGGAUGGCUCUGCACUGGAAUAUGCCUCCAAGACACUCCAAAGUGACAAGGAGGUCGUCAUGGAAGCAGUCCGACAGGAUGGCUCUGCACUGGAAUAUGCCUCCGAGACACUCCAAAGUGACAAGGAGGUCGUCAUGGAAGCAGUCCGACAGGAUGGCUCUGCACUGGAAUAUGCCUCCAAGACACUUCGCAAUGACAAGGAGAUCAUGGCCUUAUUAGUCGUGGUUGAAGGUUAG